AUGCCAUCUCCACCAUUUACGCAGGUUUAUUGUGGAAACUACGAGUACGAUGCCAGUGAACGUGACUUGGAGCGCUUGUUCGACAGAUAUGGUCGCGUGGAAAGAGUAGAGUUCAAGUCUGGUUUCUGUUUCGUGCACUAUGAAGACAUCCGCGAUGCCGAGGACGCCAUCAAAGAUCUUGACGGGCGGGAAUGGGGCCGCAUGCGCCGCAGGCUGAGGGCCGAGUUCUCCAAGACCGACGUCAACGUGAAGGUCAGGGAGGAGCGGCGGAGGGAGGCUGCGAUCCCCAACACCACGCUCUUCGUGGCGGGCUUCGAUCCCCGCACCAUCCGCACGCGGGACCUGGAGCGUGCCUUUGAGCCCUUUGGCAGGGUGAAGCGCUGCCAAAUAAAGAAGAGCUUCUGCUUUGUUGAGUUCUACGACCUGGAGGACGCCAAGGAGGCCUGCAAAAAGGUCCACGGCACCCGGAUCCUUGGCCGUGACAUCACAGUGGAGUUCUGCGUCAAGGACUCGAGCGCAGGCCGCUCCUUCUCCCCGGCUGGGGCGGCACGCAGCAGGUCCCGCUCCCCCCUGCGCGGCCGCUCGCGGUCGCCGGUGCGGCGGAAAGAUGCCUCGCGCUCCAGGAGCCCCUCCCCCCUGUGA